CGCGAGCGCCCGCCUCUUUUCGACAUUCAUCCGCAGCUUCUGGCGUAGUACACGUGGUGUGCGCAGCAAAACUUCCACUGACCAGUCCGCGACCGCUAGUAGCGUUUCUGUCUUUGCCGUUCCCUGUGCCUUUACCGCAGAUAGUUGGCCGGAUGUCCGAUGUGUGUAAUGUGCGCUGAGUGAAGAGGAAAAAUACCCUGCAACCGUUUCGCUUACAGGCCGCUUUGCCGGUGUGAUUUUGUGCUGCAGAUGCACCAUCAGUGCAAGUCUGCCUAAUGAUCAAAUCAGUGUACUGAAAGUAAGGCGUGUGGGUGUUUUGUUGAAAAUUAAAAAAAUAAUUGCAGUGAGAGUAUGUGUUGAAGACCAGCCGUAUCUAAAUGUGUGCAGUGUGCGUCUAAGCGAGUGUGGUGUGUAGGCAUUUGGUGCAAGCUACAAUUCCGGUAUCGCAGAUCUCGACGAAAGUGCAUUUGGAGGUUUUUUCGGAGGCAGCAAUUGAGUUCUAAAACUUGCACAGUAGCGCACAACGAGUACGUGAGAGCUGCAGGGGAGCAAAAAGUGUACCAUUCCAUGUGGAUGUGAUUAUUGAUUUAAAGCAAAACAGCGAAGCAAUCACACGUGUCGACAAGUGAGAGUCUAUUUUCGUCCGAUCAGCAAGAAGCCAGACGAUUCUGUGGUAGUGUAUGUGUGUGUUUGUGUGUGCAAGUUUGUUCAUUUGUGUGGUUGCCGUACAGUGCCAGGAAGCGUUGUUCGCGGGAGAGUAAAUAGCAGAAAAUCAAUCAAAAAGAGCCGCCAGUUUAGAGCGAGGAACAUAGCCAGUGUCGCCAUAGUUGGUGAAAAAUCAGUGAAAUUCCGAACCCACCUGUGAAGUCCUGUGCUGGACAGGAAGUUCCGGUUGGGUAGGCGUGAGCGAAAGUGAGAGCGAGAAAGAGUCACUCAAAAGGCAGAAGGGCAGGCAACGCUGACCCAAUCCUUUUUAGCGAUCGACUCAACGUCCCCGAAAACCGUCUUCAUGUAUAAGUUCUUCGUGAAUUCCAGUGUUAAGUACAUAAUCAAGUAGAAGCGACUGUUCAAUUGCGCGAGAGGCUGUGUGUGUGAGAGAGAGUGUGCAACAGGAAGUGGAGUAAAGGUCAAAUCAUAGGAAAAGCUCACCCUUCUGUGUACAGCAGAAAAAGGCUCGUGUGAGACGCACGUGCUAGUUUUCCCUAGAGAGAAAGAGAGAACACUCUCCCACCCCAACUGGACACAGCUGCGUGUACCGCCACGCAACACUUUCCAUUUUUCUUCCAUUUUCCAUUCCGACCGUACCCUCCACAACGGAUUUCAUGUGUAAAGCGGCAGCGACCGGGAAGAAUACGCUCCUGCUCGAUAACAACAAACGUGUCCGUUCGUUUUUCCGCAAACCGCGCUACACGCACUUCUGCUCCGUCUGGUACAUCAUAGAGGGACGGUCCGGCACGAGGAAAACACCGCACGACCCGUUUGUCUGUAUCGCUCGCACUACCACCCGGUCCAGCAGCAUCCGUGAAAGCCCGUAGAAGCUGACUCCGGCCACCACCGCCCUGUUUAGAACCUGAAGCAAUUGCCUCCCAGCCCUCGUUCAGCACUCGUUCAGUGCAGUUCAGGAUUCCGCCAGUACGCGCCUGUACCGACCCGACGAGUGACUUCGAGUCGCAAUACGCCUAGAGACGGUCUCUGGUUUUGUGGUAGCGGGUAAUACACGCAGUAGAAGCAAGUGUCCCAAGCUGUUCUGAAGUUUUCGUGAAAAAAAAACAACAAACAAACAAACGGACGUCUAAGGUGGUGUUGGCCAACAGCUGUGCCAGCGGACCUUUCCAGUAAAGUGUGAACUUUACAUAAACAGAACAGAAAUCUAACAAAAAAAAAAAGAAAAAAGCAGCAUAGUACCAGGGCGUGCGAUCAAGGUGCGAAAAGUGCAGUGCUAAGUUGGUGGCAGCAAGUGCGAUCACUUUUUCCCGUAUUCGUAACGUUCGAGAAGUUGCAGCGCAAAGCGGAACCAAAGAGCACCAUGGAAGCGUACUGGGAAGCAGCGAAUGGUCAUGCACCGCAUUCUUUGAAAUACGAGAGUGAGGCUGGUGUGCCCGGAUACACGUAUUGCGGUGAGCCGGGGCUCAACUUUUCCGCCAACAAUACCACCUACAGCGAAGAUGAUGCCGAUUUUCCACCAGGACGACGGGGCAAAACAUCACGGCAAGAUCCACUGUCGCACCGGAUCAUUGAGAAACGGCGCCGAGAUCGGAUGAACUCCUGCCUGGCCGACCUUUCGCGACUCAUUCCGCAGCAGUACAUGCGCAAAGGUCGGGGACGGGUGGAAAAGACGGAAAUCAUCGAGAUGGCCAUACGCCACCUGAAGAACCUGCAGAGCCAGGAGUGCGGCCGGGAGUCGUCCUGCGCCGAGCAGUAUCGCCACGGGUACAACGAGUGUCUGGCCGAGGCGGCCAAGUUUAUGAUGCGCGAGCGGGGCGAGGAGAUGUGCUUUCGCAUGGUCGCUCACCUAAAGGAGCACUGCAAUGAGAUUAUGAAGGGUGAAUUGAGCAAGACACGUUGCGGCACGGAGAUGGCAAACGGUGGCAGCCCCAUCUAUCUGGCCAGCGGGCAGCUGGGCCACCUGCGGGAAAUACUCACCUGCCCGUCGGAUCUCGAGCACAGCAGCAACGACCAUCACGACGUGAAGGAUCUGAGCUUCCGCAGUGCGACGAGCACGAGCAGCAGCACGCACAGCAACAACAACCCGCAGCAGGCUGCCGUCAUUACCUCGACUGCGCCGAGCAUCGUGCAGCACCAUCUGGACACGUCCAGCAACCACUCGACGCAGGACUACGACGCACCGUCCCCGCCGGCCCGGCUGUGCCCGAACGGUACCGGCACCAGCCUGCAGCAAGACACGAACAACAACAUCAACCAGCACGAGAGCGUCCUGCGCACGAUCCGCAUGCGCAAGUUCUCGGAGCACGCUUCGCCGGAGCACGAGCACAGCCACAACAGCUACAAGUUCAAGAACUACAUCCAGCAACGGUUUUCGCAGGACACGCACGAAAAUGGGCACGGAACCGAUUUCGAUCGCAGCCCGGUGUCGCUGCACGAGGAUCAGCAUAUGCAUCAGCAGCCGCACUCGCUGCGCGCCUCGCCACUGACCAACGGUAGCAGUGGCAGUAUGUCCGGGGCCGAUUCCAAGUCCUCCAGCACGAGCACACUGACCGGGAAGUCGUCGACCGUGGCAUCGUCCACGGACGAGCCACUGUCACUGAAGCGAAAGCUGCCCAGUACUCCGGUCAGAAAUGGGGCCGAAUCCCGGCCGCAGGUCCGAUGGAGAAUGGAGCGCACCACCACAACCACCAUCACCAGCAGCAAGGGGCGGCGGAGCAGUGCUUCCUACCAUCCGGUGCCGAUUUUUGCCUGCCACACGCAGGGUUUCUACAUCCCGCUGAACGUGGACUACGAAACUCUGUUGCCCUACCUGAACGGGAUCGAUCUGCUGAGCAAAAACUUCCUACAGAUGCCGCCGCUGCACCCGAUCAGCAUUAGCGUUAACUACACGCCCGGAACGCUGGGCGGCAGUGGGGGCAGCUUGCUGCUGAAGGCAUCGGCCGUGAACGGGCUCAACUCACAGACGAAGGCAAAACUGGUGGAAGGUAUCAUCAAUGGAUGUUAGGACAGACACACCCCCACCCACACAUGCGCAUGAAAGCACACCGACUUAGAAAGUUGCAUUUUCUCGUGCCGUUCUCCAUGGGUCGAUGUUGAUCGUAGAGGAUGUAUGUAUGUUUGUGUGUGCGUGUAUUCUACUAGCUGUACUAGGAUAAUAACUUUUCUAGGAUCGUGCACAGCACGGUCGUGAGUCGCUUAGGAUGGCAGAUUUAAGGAAGAGGAUGGCAGAUUUAAAGCCGUCCCAGAUCUUAAACGAUACUAUCAAUCCAGAGAAAUCCUAGAAGGAUAGCAAUGCGAUGCGAAUGUAGUAGGGUGCUGCACGAGCGGCGUGAGUUAAAAAUUGUAAAACAAAUGUAAUCAAUAACGUAGCUGUGGCAGAUAUCCAGUUCCGCAUAGGACAAACAUAUUUAAACUCAGGUAACACAGUCUCCAUCUCUAUUUGUGUGCUGGACUGUGUACGUACAAUUUGCUGUUAGUCGACGACGAAUACACGCGUCCAAAGGUACCGAUACAACCCAAUAAAGUGAAUACAGUUCGUGAAACUGCAAAAUGCUGAACCAAGUACGGGAAGCAAGGACAAUUUGAUUAAUCUUGACAGGUCUGGUUUUUCCCUCAGUGAGGAAUAAGAGAUUACACAAACUGCAUACAAUUCUGAUACGAUCGUAGAUUAUUCCAAAACUGUAACUACGACCAUGAUUUGUUCGUACGUUUACUUAAGACGUAGAGACACCGAAUGACCUCAACCAUCAUAACGAUCAUCGUUCAUAUUGGUAACAGACAGGCAGAUGAAGAAGAUCAUUCGAUAGGGAUUUUUUUGUUGUGUUCGAACACCACCAUCACCAGCACCGCCUCCGCCACCAACCUUAACCACCAGCACCACCUAGUCCUUUACAUUUUUAAUGCGCUCCAGUUAGAUCAAACAUGAUUUUUUAAUGCACACUCUUCAAUUUUAUUUUCUCUAUUGUUUAAAGGCUCCGAGAACUUUCUUAACCGAGGACAAUUAAUCUGUGAUACUGUGGAAAAAUAGUAGGAAAUGCCGGGCUGGGUAAAAAUUACCACUCCCAAAAACGGGAGGAAAUACGGAAAACAUGUGCCGUUGCGUGAGAGAAAGAGAGAGUGUAUGAGAGAGAGAGAGAGAGAGAGAGAGAGAGAGAGAGAGAGAGAGAAAGAGAGAUAGAUAGAUAGAGAGAGAGGGAGAGAGAGAGAGAGAAACAAAGUUAAAAGGAACCAUUUUAAAUAGUGUGGUUUGUAAAUAGGAACAACAACAGGAAUAGAGAUGUAAUCGGAAGGUGUAUUCACUAACACAGAGUGAAGCAUUUGGUGGAGAACUUACAGAAAAGACCAUAUGUGUAAAAUAAGUGAUAGAAAUCGAACGAGAAAAGAAACAAGCAGACCACCAGCAAACAGGGUAAUUGUGCUGUGUGCGUUGUGUGCAUAUUCCUACACCGUUUGCGAGGACAAUGCGCGACAAGAAGGGAAAACGGUAGGAAACGAAAAUUAUUGGUAGCAAUGGAUUACUCCUUCCCACCCACCAACUCUGCCAUAGGUUGGGAAGCAACCAGCACCUCUACCAAAAUGUCGUUAAACGGUAUACAUUUGUACGUAAUGCAGCCCGAACUUUUUUUUUGUAUAAAUCGCAUACAGUUAGCUCUGAGGUGUCUUUUUUACUUUUUAGCCUUUUUUAUACAUUAUACUGAACCAACGCAAGUAUCUGAGUAAACAAAACAACCCAACAAAUAUACCAACCUACAUGCAUAUGAGAGAUAUGUGCGUAACCAAUGUGAAACGGCCAGGAUGCAUAUGAGGGGCAAUUUAGAACAACGCCGCUUAAAAAGUGGUAUUGAGCCAUUAUAUCCAUAUACAUUUGCGCUACAGCCAGCGAAAAAUAUAAGUCUAUAUAAAAUUGAA